GCAACCGUGGCAAACUGCCACCGGUCAGAGCAGCCGAAACGCCUCCAGCCUCUGGUUCGAGAUAUCCAAAAACAGCCGCUUUGUCAUCUCAGGAACUCAGGAUCAAUUUCUGCCUUUCUUUUCCUUUCUCUUGCUGGAUUUUCUCAUGGUCUUGUGCGGACUUAUGAUGGAGAAUUAAAAUGGUGAGGAAGAAAAAGCUGCUGGUGUUUGGAAUUUGUGGAAGCAUGAUGUGGGAUGGAUAAACGACAACACAACUCUACUAUGGCCUCUAAUGACCCUGACCUUCCUGAGCCCUCCGGUGACCCCCAGCCAGGUGACCUCAUUGAGAUCUUCAGACCGGCCUAUCAGCACUGGGCUCUCUACCUGGGAGACGGUUACAUCAUCAACUUAACUCCCGUCGACGAGAACCAGGCGGCCGCCAUGUCCAGCGUGAAGUCGGUGUUCAGCAGGAAGGCCGUGGUGCGCAUGCAGCUGCUGAAGGAGGUGGUGGGAAGCGACUCGUACCGCGUCAACAACAAGUACGACCACAACCACACGCCGCUGCCCGUCUGCGAAAUCAUCCAGCGAGCGCAGGUCCUCAUCGGCCAGGAGGUUUCCUACGACCUGCUGGGGAGCAACUGCGAGCACUUUGUUACCCUCCUGCGCUACGGGGAGGGGGUGUCCGAGCAGGCUACUCGGGCCAUCGGGGCCAUCAGUCUGGUGACGGCGGCAGCCAGCGCCUUCUCCGUCCUGGGACUGAUCAAUACACGAUCCAGAAACAGGCCUUUCUGACAGCUGUGUUCACUGAAGGGAGCUGUUUCCAGACACCCAUAUAAUUAAAAUAAAAUCAAGUAUUAAUAAA